AUGAGUGUUAUUCCUGUUAUUGACAUUUCUCCAUUAGUGUCUUCAUCUAGUGAACAGACGAAAUUCGAUGUAUCUCAAGCGAUUCGUCGUGCUUGUGAAGCGGUAGGGUUCUUUCAAAUGAUCGGUCAUGGAAUCGACGAACAACUGUUUGAUAAAUUGGUCAUUGAAGCUCGACGUUUCUUUGCUCAAUCAUCAGAAGAAAAACAACGCUAUGCUGUGCAUAAAUGGAAUCCAUCGAAUUCGAAUCAGUAUCGUGGUUAUUUUCCAUCAUCAGUCAAUGGAAAAGAGGGCCUAGAUUUAUCUUCACCAUAUAUGAAUUCCGAACAUGAACUUGUUAAAAAAGGUGACCCAUUACACGAACUGAAUCAAUAUCCAAUGCAUGGAGUAUUGACUCAAUAUUGGGAUGAAAUGUGGCGUAUUUCACUCGAAUUAUUGCGUGCAGUAGCACGUACUUUUGACUUGGACGCUUCCCAUUUUGAUAAACUUCUCGAUGAUCGUGCAUUCGGUGGUGCCGGAACUCUUUCUACCUUUCGUCUCAAUUACUAUCCACAACUAGGCAAUCAAACUCCUGUAUCGAUAGGUGCUGAUGAUGGUGAACCUUUGUCGUGUGAAGAGCACUACGAUGGAUGCGUACUUACAAUUUUGUAUCAACAUAAAGUUGGUGGCCUACAAAUUCAGUCAGAAAAUAGAACAUGGGUUGAUGUGCCAAUCGUACCGUACGCUUUGGUUGUGAAUACUGGUAAAUGUUUAGAACGAUGGACAAAUGGAUGUUUGAGGGCAGUAAAGCAUCGAGUUAAGUUACUGAAAGAAGAACGUCUUUCAAUUCCAUUCUUUUUGGAAGCAUCUUAUUCAACACCUAUUGUACCAUUACCGACUGCAGGUGGAGCUCCGAAAUAUGACCCGAUAAUCUAUGGACCGUAUAUUAUAGAAAAUAACAGCAAAUUCAAGGAGUAUCAACGCGAUGAUGAUAAAUCGUCUUAA